UAAUGUCGCUGAAGAUGGUGGCUGUAACAAUAGCAGGAGGAUGAUGCAUGCCAUGCACGUUCAGAGGAAACAACAGUUCAGAAAUUGGUCCUCACUAAAUUCUAAUACUAUGUCAAAGCAUCAUCAUUUUGAGGUUUUAUGCACACGCCCAAGCAAGAAGCUUCAGUAUCCACUUCCAAUUCUUGGUGCAUGGUCAUGGUCAUCAGAGGAGACGGGCGCGAGUGGAGCUUUCAUCUGGAUCGAGAUCUGGGAGGAGUGGAGGAUGGAGGCAUGGGAAGAAGGGAACUCACGUCCUUUUCCUGGAAGUGAUACGGGAGGCGGGAGGUGGUGUGUGGGUUGCUACGUGAGACAUCUACCCCACCUCCACUUAAAAUUAGGGGGGAGAAAUUAG